GAUUUUAGAAAGUUUGAUUUGCCAAAGAUAACUCGAAAGACAACCAUUGAGUACAAGUCUAACACUGAACCCUUUGUUGGGUUACCAACAUAUCAGCGUGAGUUUGUGGCACACCGUCAGGAACCAGUGGUUAGCUGUAAGCCUAAAUUCGAGAUGUUGCAAAGCACUGCUCCGCUGGAAAGCGAGACUAGCUACCGAACCGAGUAUAGGGCCCAUCCAUUGGAACCAAAGCCAGCGAAGCAGGAGACUACUUAUGCUAGAUGUCAGAUGCCUCUGGACAACCUGACAACACAAAAGAGGGACUACACUUCAAAACCGUACUGUGAGUUUAUGGUGGUUUAA